AUGCCUUACAAUAUCGCCAUGGUCAGCGACUUCUUCUUUCCACAGCCUGGAGGAGUCGAAAGUCACAUCUACCAGUUGUCGCAGAAGCUCAUUGACCGUGGUCACAAGGUCAUCAUCAUCACCCACCAGUACGAGGGCCGCACUGGCAUCCGUUACUUGACCAAUGGUCUCAAGGUCUACCACGUGCCCUUCUUCGUCGUCUACCGUGAGACCACCUUUCCUACUGUCUUCUCCUUCUUCCCCAUCUUCCGCAACAUUGUCAUUCGUGAGAAGAUUCACAUCGUCCAUGGCCAUGCCAGCCUGAGCAGCUUGUGCCACGAGGCCAUCCUGCAUGCUCGCACCAUGGGUUUGCGCACUGUUUUCACUGAUCACAGUCUGUUUGGCUUCGCCGAUGCUGCCAGCAUUUUGACCAACAAGCUGCUCAAGUUUACUCUCAGCGAUGUCGACCAUGUCAUCUGCGUCAGUCACACGUGCAAGGAAAACACCGUCCUCCGCGCCUCACUUGAUCCACUCAUGGUAUCCGUCAUCCCAAACGCUGUUGUCGCUUCCAACUUCCGUCCUCUGCAUCCCCAGGAUGCCACCCAACCCUCGAUGCGCUCCGCUCUACCACCUCCGCCUCCUCAGUCCUCCCAGCCGCUUGGCCCCAAUGACACCAUUACCAUUGUCGUCAUCUCGCGUCUUUUCUACAAUAAAGGAACUGAUCUCUUGAUCGCUUCCAUCCCCCGUAUCCUCGCUUCUCAUCCAAACGUACGCUUCAUCAUCGCCGGCUCUGGUCCAAAAGCAAUCGAUCUAGAGCAAAUGCUCGACCGUCAUAUCCUUCACGAUCGAGUCACCCUUCUAGGUCCUGUGCGUCAUGAAGAAGUUCGCGAUGUCAUGGUUCGAGGUCACAUAUAUUUGCAUCCCAGCUUGACCGAGGCAUUUGGAACCGUCCUUGUAGAGGCCGCAAGCUGCAAUUUACUCAUUGUAUGCACGAGAGUCGGUGGAAUUCCCGAGGUCCUCCCCGGCCACAUGACUGUGUUUGCCAAACCUGAAGAAGAUGACCUUGUCCGUGCAACCAGCGAAGCUGUGGGUCUGCUGAUGGGACAAGAUCAGAAGCGUACGGUCGUUCGUAGGGAUCGCUUCCAUGAACAGGUCCGCAUGAUGUACAGCUGGGCCGACAUUGCCCGCCGCACUGAGCGUGUCUACGACCUGAUUACUGGAAACGAGGAACAGUUCUCUCAUGAGUUUUAUUCUGACCAACAAGAUGCUAAAUGGCGCAACUAUGGCAAGCAUGUUUCUCCUGCUUCCCAAUCUUUUGCCUUGAUUGAUCGUCUCAAAAGAUAUUACGGUUGUGGUAUAUGGGCUGGCAAGCUAUUUGUGCUCUGCGUCGUCGUCGAUUACUUACUGUUUGUGUUUCUGGAGCUGUGUUUCCCUCGCAGCAAUAUCGACAUCUGUAGAGAUUGGCCGAAGAAAGAGGCACUGGAUGCCAACGAAGGCAACGCCGAAAAGAACAUGACAAAGAGGACCCGAACUGUACGAAAUGUAUCUACUAUCUAG